AUGGCUCCCUUAGCCGAAGUCGGGGGCUUCCUGGGCGGCUUGGAAGGCUUGGGCCAGCAGGUGGGCUCCCAUUUCCUCCUGCCUCCGGCCGGGGAGAAGCCGCCCCUCCUAGGCGAUCGCUUGGCCCAAGGCGAGAGGGGCUCCCGAGGGGCUGCCGCCCCCGCUGCCGGGGCCACGGAGCUCGCCCACUUACAGGGCAUCCUGCGCCGGAGGCAGCUCUACUGCAGAACCGGCUUCCACCUGCAGAUCCUGCCCGACGGCAGCGUCCAAGGCACGCGGCAAGACCACAGCCUUUUCGGUAUCCUUGAAUUCAUCAGUGUGGCAGUGGGAUUAGUCAGUAUUCGGGGAGUAGACAGUGGUCUUUACCUUGGAAUGAAUGAGAAAGGAGAGUUAUAUGGCUCUGAGAAGCUCACUCCUGAAUGCAUCUUCAGGGAACAGUUUGAAGAGAACUGGUAUAACACUUAUUCCUCCAAUGUAUACAAGCAUGGGGAUUCAGGUCGGCGGUAUUUUGUAGCUCUUAACAAAGAUGGCAGCCCCAGGGAUGGAGCAAGGUCCAAAAGACACCAGAAAUUCACUCAUUUCUUGCCCAGGCCAGUAGACCCUGAAAGAGUGCCUGAACUUUACAAGGAUGUGUUAAUAUUCACAUGAAGCCAGACAGAGGACAAGAGUGGAAUUGUAG